GGGGACAUGGUGGAUGGGAGUCUAUAGUGCAGAUCGACGUUGUCAAACUCGGGAUGAAAAGUCUUCGUUGCAAUUGCGGAGUAUGAAGUGAACCCCGACGUCGCGUCCGCCCUUGUGCCUGCGGCAGCAGGUGAGUAGCUCGACGUGAUGCCUGUCCCCGGCGACUCAAUACUCCCUCCUCAUACCGACAUCCAAAACCACCACCAGAUACUCCACAUGCAGUCGCAGCUUGCUCUUGUCGUUCCCGGGCCCAAAGAUCCCAUCUCCGUCGAACCCGUCGUCUGCCCGCCCCCCUUCGACAACAGCCCACUUUCCGAGCCGUCUGGCCCUGUAUAUGGCCCGGCCAAUCCCUACGACCCGUACACCGAGCUUGGGCGCGAAUUCAUCGAGCAGCGCGACUUCGGUGAGGUCCCGACACUCGUUGAUCGGUUCCUACAAGCGAAUAUGUGCCUCUGGCACCAAGAUGAUCCUCGUAUCAUCUCGACGGAGCUUAUGCCGGACAAUGUGCCGUGUACCAUUGAGGUAGUUCAUUUCGCAGAGAAUACCGACGACUUCCAAGACGACGCUCAUGACGUUCCCGGUCUUGUUACCGAAGAGCAUUAUGCUCUCGUCAUCACGGCGGAAGUCCCUUAUGGGUGGGUAGAGCCACGGUGGUCCAGAAGCCCACCGGCCAUCCUAGAUGUUGUGUAUCGGGAGAAUCUUGGCGGACUUGGACCAGACUGGUGCAACAUGUUCGAGGAGGGCGAACGGUUCACGUUCAACCAGCCUCGGAGCUUGGUUGCGUCCCUCUUCGCAUACAUGGCGUUGAAUCAUGAAAAUAUUGACAAGGGUUAUUCCGAGGCAAUCAUGCUAUGGGCACGCGCCAUCUCUGAUAUUCGCUGGUGCAAUAAACGAUUGAAGGAGAAACUCGAACGUCGCCAUCAAGAACGCGGCCGCCAACAAGUGGCUCAGGGUGACUCGUCACAGUCGGCAAAUGCACCAGCCCCAGCCAAGCGUCGCCGCGUCUCGUCUCCAGUUUCCUAGAUUCACACAUUGGGUGUGGCGGCUGUUGGUUCUUUCUGGUGCGGAGGGAGUGGAUGUUGGGGCCUACAAUGUUGUCGAGGGUUCUUCUGAUAUGCCGAAGUUCGUUCACUUGGGUUUUCGGGCUGAGUGUUUGUGAUCGAGCCAUCUUCAUUGUUCUGUACAAAUGCACCAGUCUUGCGAAGGAUAACCAUUACCAU